UUGCAGUGACAGCUUUGAAGAACUAUUCAAGACAGUAACUCAUGCUAAUCCUGUGGUAGUUCUUAGAGAUAUCACAAUCCAGGAACUCCGUGGCAUUCUCAAUUACAUGUAUAAAGGAGAGACUCUAGUCAAGUCACACGAACUUCCAGGCCUUCUCAAAGCAGCUGCACAGUUAAAGAUUAGAGGCCUAAGUCAAGUGGGACUGUCUGACUCAUGGAUGGAUGAUCCAAGGGCAGGCCUAGACCAGGAACACCACAUGGCAGCCACUGGCCCCACAAAGCAGGACCUCGCUUUCUAUGACCCAGAUUUGGAGGAUGAGGAUGAGGAUGACCUUGAUGAGGAUGAGGAAGACCACAGAUUGGAUCAUGCAGGACAAAGAAAAAGAAAUGCCCAGACUUAUGAGCUGAUGGCGGUGUGUGAGGAUGUGGACCUGGACAGCAGCCACCGAAGCAGUAUGUCACAACAGGAUGAUGUUCAGCCACUCAAGAGGGUUCAGAUCAAGCUGGAAACAGGCACAGGUGAAAGUGACUCAGAGGACCAGGAUGUGGAUCUUCAACAGCAAGAGGAUGAUGACAACAAUGUGACCCACUUCAUCCCCAUGCAGGAAGAGGUUAUCAUCCACCAAGAGGCCAUGGAGAUGCAUGAGGGGGAUGAUGACGAGCAGAGCCCCAACCAGACUGUCAGCAUUGUCAGUGAAGACCCUCUGGCCCAGGCUGUCAAGGAUGAUGAAGGUAUGAUACUGCUUGGCUUAACAGAAGGAGAAUCACAAAAUCGCAUUUACACUACGGCCAGCUCUACACUCGAAGCUUCCACAUCACGCUCCACACGACCAGAGCCACCCCGAAGGGUACGGAAAUUUGCCAAACAGGACCUUGUUACGGCACUGAACUUGGUGCACGAUGGUCACCUUGGUCUCAAGCCUGCAGCCAAAGCCUUCAACAUACCUAUUGCUACCUUGUACAACGCAAGCAAGAGGCAAGGUGCAAAUGCCAUUGAGCAUCAAACUACUGUGUUUAGGAAGAAACAGCUAUAGAUUUAGCAAAGAAUUGUGGAAAGCAGAUAAGUUUAAAUGUAGCAGGGUUCAUUAGAUUUUUUUAUUGUUUUGACUUACUGCGGUUAAUGUUAUCAUCGUCAUUAUCAGUAUGAUUAUUAUUAUUAUGUUAUUGUUGUUAAUAUUUUUAUUUUUAUUUUUAUUUUAUUUUUAUUAUCAUUAUCAUUAUCAUUUUUAGGUUCAGUAUCUUUCUCUAUUGUUAGGACUUACUGCCAUUAAUGUUCUUAUCAUUAUGAUUAUGAUUAUUAUCAUAGAUUAUUGUUGUUAUUAUUGUUAUUAUUAUUAUUAUAAUUUUUGGUUUUAGUUUCAUUAAUACCAUUAAUGUUUUGAGAUUAUAAUUAUUAUUAUUAUUAUUAUCAUUGUCAUCAUCAUAAUUAUAUGAUUUUUAUUAUUAUUGCAGUAAUCCAAGUGAUGUUUAUUUGAUUACGAAAACAACAAAGUAUUUUAGCAUUAUUCAUAAAAGAAAAAAGAAGUAUUAGCUAAGCCAAACUUUUGCCAGCAAGUCCAAACUGCAGAUAUUUAAAAAUGCCUUAACCUUGAAAGACUGCUUUCUAGUAUUUGCAUUAUGAAACAAAUGUUAUAUACAGUUUGGAAAGUUAAAGUUUGUAAACACUCAUUCAGAAUGAAAAAGAUUUGUGUUUACUUAUGUUGACCAUUUUGAAAGAUUUUGGACUGUGUUACAAGUACAAAUUAUUUUAGUCAUCUAUACCAACUUUUAGGUUUAAGUUCAGUUUGUGUUUUUGCUCCCUGAUGUGUUGCUCUAGACUUACUUAAAGUGACUGUUAUCCCAAACCAGGUUGAGAAAGGUAUUCUUGUUGCUGGUUUUCUAUUAUCUACAGUAGUGAAGAAAAUCAACUUAAUUUGGCUGUAAACUGGUUAAAUUUUCUUUACUUUUUCUUUCUGUAGUUCUAUGUAUGUAUUACUUUUAAGCAUGGUAGAUUUUGCUUACCAAGUGUUCCCUAACACGAAAUAAGAAUUAAAUUUCCCCAAAUGUUGUUUACUGUAAAUAUCUUACAAUUUGUAAUGCUAUAAAACAUGAACUUGAUUAUAGACAUCAUCACACAGUUCUAGAUUUGAAUUUAACCAUAUCUGACAAAAGCUUGAGAAGCAUCUUUAUAUAAUAUAAUUAACUUGUUGGAUUUGGUUGCUUCAGGGCAAUCAUAUGGCCAAAAAUAUAGGCAGUGGGUGACAUAAAAGGCCACUAUCCCAGGUGUGCGGCACAUGGGCCGAGCGCAAAUGAACACUCAUGAGCAGUAACAAGACUGAGUGCCUCCCCUUAACAAAGUUAUUUUACAUAAACCUUUUUAGCUUUUUUGCCUUUUCUAAUGUGCAUAUUUGUCUUUUGAUUUGCUUUAUCCAGAUGGUAUUAGAUUAUUUUCUUUGCACUGACUCCAUAUCAUCUCUCUAUGUAGUAAAUAACUUGAGGCAAGAAAAAAAUAUGUAACAAUUUAUUAUUUUUUUGUAAUUUUCUGUUUUCUGUAAUACAACCUCUGCUGCUGGUCACAGCAGCCUGGAAUACAAUGUUGAGCAUGCAUAUGGCAUCCACCCUGGAGUCGGCAUUCUUCCAGUUACAGCAUACGCACAUUACAUUCCACCCUUGGGUACUGAUGGGAAUAAUGCAAAAGCUUCCUUCUAAACAACAAACGAGUCUAAUCACACACCAAGAGGUUUGUGCACUCUACUCGAGUCUUUUCUAUCACCCUGGCCUUCACUCAUUACAGCAAGUUCACAUCAUGGACAUUUUUCCCGUAAUGGCAUGUUUACAUCACCCAGCCCUCAACCCAGAUUUUUCCAUGACGGCAUAUUCUUGUCACCUGGAUUAUAGGGGUUAAUAUAAAUAUGCCUGACAGUGAUUAUAACUCUUCUUUUAUCUUUUACUUGUGUUAUUAUCUUUAACAUCUGUUAGUGUUGUUUUUUUCUCUCCCUGUAUCUGUUUUUACAGGAUUAGUUGAUUAGUCAGUUGAUCAGAUUUUUGUUAAUGGUUUGUCGUAUGUGGUGAAUAAUUAUCUUUUAUCAUUGUUUUCCUAAAGUAUAUACUUUUUUCCAAGUUUGAAUUGAAAAAAAUAAGAAUCUGAUUAAAACUAUUGUGUUAGGAUGUUUCUUAACAUCUCCCUGUGUAUGAUAACGGGUCGCUGUAGCACAUGUAUCUAUUUUAUUAAAAUAUAUACCAAGAUAU